UUCAUAACUUUCAGUUUUUCAGUACCUAUUUUCCAAUUUUCGUAGUGCAUAUUUUCAGUUGAUUUUGUUGAAAAUGAAUCAAUAAACAUGACUGUGCUUUGAGUAGGGGUGUAGAAGAGUUUUGUUUACCUGAAGAAGGUGUUAUUGUGUUUCUUACCGUGUUAAUUUGGUGGUAAUGGACGCGACCUUGUGUGACUAUGAAGAGGGUGAGAUUCCUAUAUGGCAAGAGCCAAGAUGCGAGCCUUUGGGGGCACCAAAGGAAACGUUAUGCGAUGAAAUACCUUCAGAACAACUCUCGGGUGAUAGGAUACAUGCACUGGAAGAGGAACAGGAGAUAUUAUCGUCAUCUGUGUUUUCUUUGACGUCGCAUUUAGCGCAGGUAGAGUUUCGUUUGCGACAGAUUUUGAAGGCCCCACCGGAAGAGAAGGAUGCUAUGUUACAAGCUUUGGAGCAGUUUACUUCCCGAGGUGUCGAUUCGAGAGGGGUUCCGCAAGGAAGUGCAGGGGAACCGUCGUGUACUGAGUGCGCCGAGUUGGAAAGAAAGAUUCGCAGUCAGCGAGCCAGGCAAUCACAUUUUAUCGAAAGGCUAAAAGCCCAGUUGAAAGAGCUUGAACAUUUCGCUGCAGGUACGUCCUCCAAUGAUGACAGUAAACACAGAUCGCUUAUUGACCACUUGAAAAGAGAAAUAGAUCGCAGUUUAGAGGAAGGGUGCCAUCAACCGCUUACUACGGAAGAGCUGCGGCACCAAAUAGACUGUGCUGUUAAACAGUAUGCAGAAAGACAGCUUUCCAAAGAGGAAAUAAUUAGCAAACUCCAAGCUCAUAUUGAUGACAUGCAGAAAUUCAUAAAACUCAUGAAAAAUGAAGACAUCAACAGUAACAUAAAAGCAAAGCCAAGAGAAGCGAAAAAAGUUGGAAAAUCUGAGUCAUUCGAGAAGAAUUUUCAUCGCAACAAAGUCAAUGACGAACUCAAAGCUGAGACAAUUAAUUUAAUGCGAAAAGCAUCAGCUUUAAUCCAAAUAUUUACUGUAUCCCAAUUUGGUUGUUCCCCAAACCAGAACAAAAAAUAUGAUAGGAAAUCAUCCACUAUUGUUACACAUUGGGGGAAUCUAAGAGCUAAAUUAGAGAUGUCAAUAGACUCUGUACUCCAUAUAGUGUCUAGGGAUAGAUCUCACAUAGUACCUGAUAGUUACGACAGUGAAUCAGAAGAAGGUGGUAUUGUAAUUGAUAAUGCACCUCUCACAACGGCUGUACGAAGACACUUGGCAAUGAACUUGAGGGAUUUACUCCAACAUGGGUUGGUGAGCCCUGAGUCAACAUCUCUAGUGCCUAUGAUUGGCUGCUUUCCAGUCAGAAGAUCUUCAAUGUCUCGCUCAUUACACAUAUGGGAGCUAAUUUUACGUUAUUAUGAACUUAAUGAUGGAGACAAGUUCAAUUCGACCCCAGCAAGGAAACUCAGUCAAAGUUUCAACUUGGACAUUGUAGGGGGUACAGCGAUUACUAAUAAACAGAGUUUACUGAGUGCUAUAGGCAGUAUUUUAGCUUCGCACACCCCUUAUAAGAGAAGUUACGAUGCACACUUCAAAGCAUUUGUAUGCGCUGCACUAAACGUACAUAAACUUGUCAUUUGGUUCAAUAUUAUGUUAAAAUGUAGAUCGUUAAUUGAUUCGCAUUAUUCCUCUACAAGUUACGUUGUUAACACCGGGUUUCAGGAUGCUCUGCAAAGUCUUGAUCGCUUGACUCCAUACAAUUUUGAUCUGCCCGUUGAUCUUGCGGUGAAGCAGUUUCAGAAUAUCAAAGAUGUAUUUAUGUAGGUUAAGAGUACACUUUUAUACUAGGUUUCCAUGUGCAUACAUGCUCAGCAUUUUUGUGAAGCAAAGGUCUGGUCAUCAAUUUAGUUUUUGCCUAGGCAAUAGCUUGAGAAACUGUCUUUUUGGUGGCCGACUUAAUAAAAUUUUAUCAUUUACUUAUUAUGUUAGAGAAACAAUGUACCUAAACAAUCAAUUUUUGAUUAAUUUUAUUGAAUCAUGUGAGAUUGAAUGUUUCAGAAAGUAGAUUAACUUUGGUAUGUAUUAUUUUAGAAGACUGGUCUACUUAGUGCUGUUUGAACAUAGGUUACUGGUGUCCUGGCCGCCGACCCAUUUCAAUCUUGUGUUGAGCAUGUAUCUAUGUGGAGGCCCAGCUUUAUACAUAAUCAAAGAAAUGCCUUCCACUGUAGCUAUGCAUUUAUGAUAGUACUUAGUAAGAUGUUAUAAGUAAGAUGAUCUAGUCCAAAGAUUUAAAAAUGUAUGAUUAAGGUGCACUAACAAAAAACUAGUUUAUUGAAUCAGUCAGCUUUCAGUUAAAUUGCAAGGAAUGUCAGUAGCAGUAGGUACAUCUGGUAACUCACUAGUAGUGUGUGACCAACUUUUAUUUUCUUUUUAAUAACGAAUAUUAGCCAUGCUAAUCAUGACUUAUACUCCCCUUUCCCCUCCAAUUAAGCGUAAAGCUUGUGCCAGGAGUGGGUACGACAAUAGUGCAACGGGUGGGGUUUGAACCGCCGACCUUUCGUAAUUCAGUCCGCUCCUCAACCGUUGAGCUAUCGAGGGCCGAGGCUCUACAUUUUACAUGACAAAGUAAGACAUCAUGAUCAACCCAUCGCCGCCAGCUCACUAAUGAGCACAGGUCUCUCACAAUGAGAUGGGUAUCCUUCAAGAACAUUUAACAAGACCUAAAAAUCAUAAUGAACGUAUUUUUCAAAGGAAAUUAUUAAUCUUGAUUAUUUUAAAUGAAGUAAUGUACUUAAUUGAUAGCUUUUCGCUUUGUUAUGUUUAGAAAAGUCGGAAAGUGCGAGUCGGGCUUGCAUAUGAAGGGUUCUGUAUCAUUUCAGAUCUAUGCUUUUACUUGUGCUAUAAGACAUCGCUACUUGCCAACUAACGCAAACCCGCAAACGGGAAACUAUACCUACUCGUAGAUACUUACCUAUUUCAUAGAAGUUCUGAUAGUAACUUCAAGUAAAACCAAAACCCAUGAGUAAAAGCAAUGUUUUAUCGCCCAUAAGCUAAAAUAUAACCAAAAUGU